GGAGUCUCUGCUGGUUCCUGUGAGGUCGAAACGGGCUCUGUGGACAGACAGCAGGAGGCGAGACAACCCGCCGCAGUUCGCCUCGAACUCCAUUUUUUAAAAAUCACAACGGUUUGGUUCACCAGAUGAGCCGGAAAACUGUAAACCUGGAAGACUGCUGAACAUCAGCACUCCUGAAUACUGGGGACUGGCCCUGGACAGGUUUGUGUUGUAGCUGUGUGGCCGGGCAGCCUGGCUGCCUCCCUACCUCCAGAUGAAUGAAGAGCACUCCGGGACCCAGAGACACAGCUGAUGCAGGGAAUGCAGGUGUUUCUGCAAAUAUGAUGAAGAAGAAGAAUCCCCAUAAGAAACACAAGAGCAGUCUGGGUCCAACCACCAAAGUUCUGUCUCAGCCUCGACGCAACAUCGUCGGCUGCAGGAUCCAACACGUGUGGAAGGACGGAGGAGGACAUGUGGUCUGGAAAGGAAUGGUGCUCGACCAGGUGCCAGUGAACCCGUCACUCUAUCUGAUAAAGUACGAUGGUUUCGACUGCGUUUAUGGUCUGGAGCUUCAUAAAGACGAGAGGGUUCAGGGACUGGAAGUACUCCCAGACAGACUGGCUAAAUCCCGUCUAACAGACGUCAGCCUAGCCGACACCAUGAUAGGUAAAGCAGUGGAGCACAUGUUUGAGACGGAGGAGGGUCCAAAGGAGGAGUGGAGGGGGAUGGUGCUGGCCCGGGCUCCCAUCAUGACCACCUGGUUCUACAUAACCUACGAGAAAGACCCGGUCCUCUACAUGUACCAGCUGCUGGAUGACUACAAAGAGGGAGACCUCCGCAUCAUGCCCGACUCAAACGACAGUGUCCCAACAGAGAGGGAACCUGGCGAGGUGGUGGACAGCCUGGUGGGCAAACAGGUGGAGUAUGCCAAAGAAGAUGGUGGCAAACGGACGGGCAUGGUCAUCCACCAGGUGGAGGCCAAGCCCUCUGUCUACUUCAUCAAGUUCGACGACGACUUCCUCAUUUACGUCUACGACCUGGUCAAAACUUCGUAAGACUUUGGCUAAGAUGAGGUGGAAAAAAACAGCUCGGUGACAUUGAAGACUCUCAUCCUGAACUUCUUCAACCUUUAAUAUAUUAAAACAGUGACCAUGGUUUUAUUAUUCUUACAAAGUUCAAAAAUUCAGUUUCACUCCAUAAAAAUAUUUAAAAGGAUGCAACAUUGUCUUUGUAGAAUUUGAAAUUCUAUACAAAAAUGACCUGGACCCCUUAAAAUCCUUUCAUGAUAUUUCCAAGACAACCUUACACCUAAAGAAACCGAACCGUCAAAUUCAUUUUCAUAAAGUGGGCUGGUUAUAAAGGCAAAGGUGUUAUUAAAAAGGUUUGAUCGUGCUAAAAAACAAGAAGACAAGAUAUGGAAACAUGACAAUACUAACAGUCAUCAAAGACUUCUUGACAUGUUUUCGACUUCAACUCAGGCCGAUAAAGUCCUGAUCGGUCUGCACUCCUUCCCAUGGAGUCCCCUGGUAAAAGGGAAAUGAAAGGACAAUUCUGGUUUCUGCAACUUUGGAUUUCAUCCAAUAAACCAGUGUGACGGAAUUCAAUUUCAAGUUCAUUGUAAUUCAUUUCCAAAAAAAGAAAUCAUAAACUUCAAACUAUGCUCCGACGAUCCCAAGGGACAGUUAUUUUUGCACAUAAUUAGAAUUCAUUUUCAGUGAAAAUGAUAACUUUCUGUCUUAAUUUUAAUUAACUAUCUGAUAGUUUUGACUUAAUCUUUUACUAAAAAUCUCAACUUUCACUUGGCAAGCUAAACAUUUUUGCCGUGAUCUAAAAUAAAAUCCUUAUUUCGACUUUGCAUUAGUUAGUAAAAUCUUUUUACUAGAAAUAUCUCAUAAUUCUGAUACACCAAGAGGAUUUUAUUGUUGGCCAUUCCUAACGUCAUCUUUUUUAUGGCUAUGAUUAGAUUCUAUAUAACUGAGAUUCAUUAAACGGGAAAAAACACACAUUGGUCCCAUUUAAACCUCAAUGUUGGACUUGAGAUACUUUCUGAAGCCUUGGAAACCAAUGGGGCAGAAAAAAGGGAAACUUUGAAAUAUCCCAAAAUGUUAUAUAUGGUCCUUUGGUUUAAAUGAGAUGGGACAUCGGUUCCGGUUGUUGUAUGGAACAAAACAAGAUUGAUAUCUUCAUCAUAUAGUGGGCUACUUACACAGAGUCCAUCUCAACAACUCCAACUGAAAUACCCAUGAAGAGGUUCAACAAAACCUCAUCUGAAGACGUCUGCAGCUAAAAACUGUCACUUUAAAAAAAAAAGAAAAGAUGGGGGCCUUUUUUCUGUUUUUCUUUUUAUCCUCGCCAAAUCCCCCUUUCCUGUUGUGAAGAUGUUUGAUGUUUAAGACAAUCGGAUGGCUUUUUCUUGUGAUUUCACUUAAGCCUUUGCUCUCGUGUUGUCUUUUCUAAGUCGUCAGUGAAGGAGUCAAAGGUCGGAGAAUCAAAAACUGAAACGCGGCCAAAGCCCUUUCUGUCCUUGGCUGUUUGUUUUAAAUACCUGGAUUUAAGGACUGGAAAACAUGAUUUAAUGCACCCUAAAUCUCGGGGGAUUUGAGAAGAAUAUUCCCCGGACAGUUCAUGAAUAUGUUGGACUUAAAAACUGUCACCGGAAUCUACAGGAAAAACAAAUCUUCAAUCUCUGAGGCAUCAGUGGCACUACUUCCCCCCCAUGUCUGGGUUGAUAAAAUGAUUACUGAAACAAAAGUAUCCCAGUUUGUAUUCAAACCCAAACCAAAAGAUUCUGGACUACUCCUGGUGUAAAGCAAGCUGAAGAAAGUUUUCUGUCCGAAGUUCCACAGCAUGUAUGCAGUAAGAGAGGACUCAGUCAGCUGUGUUCAGUAUAUAUGAAGAGAGUAUCAACCAAUGAAUGGUUACAUUUUCUUUUCUUUUUUACAAAUGUGCAUUCAAUUCUAUUUGGAUUUACACAAGACUGAAGGUUUUUCUAUUAACACGUGUUCUGUAUGGAUUUGAAAUUGCAGUCGAAGGGCAAGUGUUUGAACUAUAAAUUGCAAUUUGAAGCUUAGAAUCAAGCUUUUACUGAUAUUUCAAACAAAGUUGCCACUUUCAGUGUUUUGUCAGACAGAUGUUUUUUUGGCUAGAAACGAAUCCUCGUUGAUGGCCGUUUUGUUCCUUAAAGGAUAAACAGAGCUUCAAUGUAAAUCUGAAUUGUUAAUAUAUUAUGUUUAAGGCGCAGGCAGAGAUUUGAAUCUAAUACACUUUUUGUACACUUAUUUCAGUGCUGAAAAACCAAAAUCUGGUGUUCAUUCACUGUGGAAGCCCAUCGGGGAUUUUAUUAAAGUAAUAAUGUAAACUUGAAAAUGUAAUUUCACAUAGUAUUAUAAUUUUCUACAUUUGUAUGUGUUGUUUCAGUAAAAAAAUGGAUUUGUGUUUACACAGCCCCGGCUCUGUAAAAAUAAACGAACAAAGAACCACAGAACACAAUUCCAGCCAAUCAGCAACAAGGCUGGAUGUAUAAAGAGAAAGGCAGUGUGAGCAAGAAGGACGGUACAUUUAUUAUAAGUGCUGUAUCUGUUUAGGUCUUGAGUUCAAAAAUCAGCACUAUGUCUCUAGAAUGGCAAACUUUUGCAUUUAUAAUCUAAACAAAGCCGGAAAAUAUUUCAAUAACACAAAAAUGUAAAUUUUUCAUUUACUGUAUAAUUCUGACUUCUGUCCUCUUAUGUCAUGUUUUGGGGUAUCAAAAUAAUUAUUAGUUAUUAUUAUAUUACUAUUUAUAGAAACAGCAACAGCUAACAGUGAAUGUUUUUUGAAAUAUUAUUUUAGAAAGAAGCCAGUAAAGGUUGAUGAGCCAUGCAUUACAUCGUUGGGCCGAAUCAAAUACAGAACAGAGUAAUACUUGAAAAACCUCCAGCCUGUGUACUUCCUGUGAUGUAGUUUGUCGCAGAAGCAGAUUUGCAGCUCUUAUUGUAACCGCACUAAAGAAAUAAUUAAAAAAGACAGACUCCCAGAGAUCUGUAGGUUUCUGCACUUGUAUAUCUCUUUUGUUUUUCAUUAAAGAGAGAUCGUGAUCAUCUCAAAAGGCACUAUUUUAAUUUAACGAGAUAACGUCCCCUAAGACUUGAUUCACAGCGAGGUUAUGUCCAAUUCAGUCUGUUCAUUUCAGUUUAUCGUUGUCAAUCUUGGAGUGACAUGGACUUUCUGUCAUCCUUCUGCCUUGUAUCUUUUGUUUUUGUAUGUUUUUAAAUGUAUGUUAAUAAUUUCUAUUGAUGGAA